AUGACAGAUGAGAGAUUGGAUGCUGCUAAGGGCUUGAUGCAUAUGACUUAUGGGCUCUACAAUGGAGGGGCAGAGGGAACUGGAAUUAAUAUAUAUGUGAAUUUUUGUCACCAUCUAUUUGGCCCCAAAGUGCCUCAAGCACUAGUUGAUUAUAAUGUUGCUAUGCAGAAUAACAUAUUUGGAGGAUAUCCAGACAGCAAGGAUCUUGUUCCUUCUGCGAUUUUUGCAGCUGUUUUUGGUGUGAUUGGAAUACUCCACUUGAUCUUGUUUAUUAUUAACACUUCAAGAGGGCAUUACUUUUGGUUAACUCUAGUAUGGGUGAUAUACAGCGUGAUGAAAGUUAUUGGUUUCAUAUUAAGGGUUGUAUGGAGUAAAGAUGUUACUCAAAUUCUGAUUGGAUUGACGAGUGAGUUCUUUUUGAUUGUGCCAUUUGUUAUAAUUGUCUCCUUCAAUUUGAUCUUGACGCAACGAUUAUUUACAUGGAGACAUCCAGUUGGUGGUUCAAGAUGGCUAUUUUGGAACUUUAUGUUUGUUCUUUAUGGAUUUGUAUUGAUCAUAAUUGCGAUAACCGUUUUGGCAUCAUACGUUCCAUAUUUAAACACUAUAUCUCAAAGGUCUUACGAUUCUUGGAAAAAAACAGUUGCAGCCACAUCGAUUUUGAUUAUCACUUAUUCCUUGACUUCUAUCGCAUUGCUAGGUCUUUCUUACUUUUUUAAGCCAACUACAAAGGAUGAAAACUUGUAUACUUAUCAACCAUGGUGGAUAGAAUCCUUUUCUCCGUUUUAUUUUGUCAAAAAGAAUGCAGCUCGAGAAGCAGAAGAGACUUUCAUGAAGAGAAAUCAUAACCAUAGGCAUGCCAUAAGAGUGAUUGCAGCAACUCACCAUCAUUUCAAUGUUGUGGAAGGCUUGACUAAUGAAAGAGGUAGUUUGAAGCAUAAUGUUUCCAUGCUCAUUAUUACAAUUUCAACUUUAUUGAUCUUUGUGGGUGUAAUUCUUAGAUCAAUUGUUUGUUUUCAAGGUAGAUAUAACUACCAGGCAAGUCCAGUUUGUAACCCAGUAGCCAUGUAUAUUUGCUGGGGGUUGUUUGAAGUGAUCAUUCAUGCUAUGUAUUUGAUAGGCAGAAUUGAUCUCAGGUUCUACAGACCUGAUAUAUUGCCGCAAAAAGUUAGAGAUAUAAUUACUGCCGAACAAUCUUAUUAUCCAUCAGAUAACGAGUACGAUGACCUGGAUAAUGACUCAAAAUACCCACCUUAUCCUCAUAGUGAUGCAGGCUAUGAUCAAAAUGAUUCUGCUGAGAAGCUAUCCAUGGAAAGUGGAAGCUCUGAAUUGGAUUUCACUGCUACUAACAAAUUUGACUUUAAGCCUCGCGCAGAAGACGACUACAACCACCCACUUCUGGAGUUCCAGCAGCCGUCAAAGGCAUUCCAAGAACCUUUACAACGUCCUCAGGAUAUUAAAAUUGUUAAAGUACUGCCUGAUACAUUUAAUCUACCACCUAGUACAAGAGAACGCUUUAUAAUGUCUCAUAAUGAACCAAAUACGGUGCAAGAGUCCGAAAGACCUUAUCCGUUGAACUUUGAAAUGCGCUCAGAUACGACAGACUUCAAGGCGGACACAAAUCAUUUGGAAGCGCCAUCAAAUGCUGCUGCUGCUCUGUCCAACGCAGGUGAAGAGGAGGAAGUUCUGGAGGAGGACUCAGAAUUUGCUUUUUGA